AUGAAGGAGACGAUGGUGUGGUUUGAAGGGAGUGGUGGUGUCCAUCUGCGAGCAGCCAGCAUCGCGGCGGCGUCGGUGUCUGACGGAGUGGGUAGAUCUGCUUCACCUCUAGAGAAACACUUCCACAAGGAGAUCUGCUUAGCCUCUAGAUUGGCGUCUGACGGAGUGGAAGAAGAAUUUGAAUCACUCUACACACCGCCGCCGCCGUAUUCAACCGGUAUCCUGACGUCGGAUCAAAGUAAAGACCCGAUUGUCCAGUGGGCGAAACCGCCAUGGUUGGCUGGGGUGCAUUUCCUGCAAGACCUUUUAUCAUUUUCCAACAUUUGCUCCACUUUGAUUCUGCGAACCACCAAUGGUUUCCUGGCUGUAAUACGCAGCAUUCUGGUUUAUGAGAUUAUCACUCAUUUAAGGCCAUCUCUUGAUGCCAAGAAAGCAACUCUUUGUGCAGUGAUCUUGUCAUUAUAUACAUUGCACUGGUUCUUCACCUUUAUUUAUUGUACAGAUGUAGCAUCUCUAACGGCAGUUCUUGCCACGUAUCUUCUAGUUUUGAAGAAGAAAUAUCUUUUUCAGUUCAUUGUCGAAGACCACGAGAUGCUCCGAGAUGUAAGCAAAAGGAAGUUGACUCCCGAAAUAAGUAAAAACGAGGUUGUGCAAGCACCACAGGCUGAGUAA